CGUGGCGACGGCGUCGGGGCCCGCGGCGCGGCCGAGGCGGUGCAGGCCGCGGCGGUGGAGGCCGCGGCCGCCCACUCCCCCCCUUCCCCUCGCCCCUCCAUGCCGCGGAAGGCGCUGCUCUGCGUCCUGCAGCUGGAGAUCCGCUCGAUAACUUGCCCCGGAGUGCUGUUGAAAAACAAAGAGGAGCUCUAUCUCAGUGUGUCUGUAUUUGGGCAAUACAAAAAAACUCUAUGUGUUCCUGCAGCAUUUCCACUGCUUUUUGAAGAAAAACUAGUAUUUGAAAAGGCAUUUGCUGAUAUAGUUGAUCCUGGAGACCUUGUGGAGUUACUUGAAUUUGACACAGCCACACUUGAGCUAAUACAACUCGUUCCUCCAGUGGGAGAAAUUCUAGCUACUUAUGAAGAAAAUACAAGAGAUUUCCUGUUCCCUGACCCUAAGCUUACUCGUGGGCACCAUGGUUUAGAUCGUGAGAUUUUAAUGAAGAAGUCCUCUUCUUUUACAGGAAUUGCACCAAAAUUGAGAUUUUCUACAAGCUCCCUUAUUACAGAAAGUCUGUUAAGCUCGGGAAGGAGUCACAUACAGGAUAAUUUGAAUCCAGCACAUCACUCAACCCCAAAUGGAAAAUUGCAAACAAGGUUACUAAAGAAAAACACUCUUUCACCUGAGAAAAACAGGCAUAGCUUAGCAACAAAGAACUACGAGCUGCCUACAAUAGCUUCUAAAUCACGUUCUCCAUCUCCGUACACAAAAAGACGAAUGUGUGAGCUAUCAGAAGAAGCCAGACAACGAUUGGCCCAUUUAAACCUUGGACCUUUUGAAUUCAGAAGAGAAACUGAUAAACCUCCAUUUGUAGUUAGACGUGUUGAACAACCAAGUCCUGGUAUUGAACUUCACACCUGGUGUCCCCCUCGAGAAAGUACAGUGGAAGCCUGGUCUAAGGUAAAUCAUGAUCCUUCUCUUCUCGGCAGCUAUAGGCCCAAGAAAGCCAAAGUAAAAUCUACUCAUGGAAAAGACUUUGAUAGUUCUUCUGAUGUACGUAGUGAGCAUGUCAUCUCGGGUCCACUGAACAAACAGUCCAGUUCUGCUGGUUCUUUAUUGUGUGCAGCGCCUUCAGCAUUUCAUAAACAUUCCUUAAGCUCUGUGCUAAGUCGAUCUUCUCUAAGGGAAAGAUUUAACUCUGGUUGGCCUACACCAGCAAAUGGAGAUGAGAUCCAUAAACGAGUGAAAAAUAUUUUAAGGACACACAGUGCUAGACAGCGUCUAAUAUUUGAUGAGAGUAAUUCAUCAAAAGAAGACUUGACUAAAACAGGAGAGUUUUCACAUAAAGCAUCCUUAUCCAUGAGUGAACAGCAGAGCAGUUCACCAGUACAGCAGAACACCGCUGUUCACUUGGAUGAUGGUCAAUACUGGUCCAGUCAUGCAGCUGUAUACAAGGGGAAGCCUCACAGAGCGAUCUUUCAAGACAGUCUUGAGAAAAUAUACAGAAACAUGUACCAAAAAGCAUCUGGCACUGUUUCGGACCAAAAAACCCACUCCUGAUAGCAUUUUGUCUGGAAGUGUAUAGUACACAAUGUUCAUAUUUUUAACGAAAACUAUUUUUAUGUAACAAAUGCUUGUAUUCUAUUUUUAAGUUGUAAGUAUGUUUGGGCAGGGUUGCCGAGCAAUGGAGUAUUGGGCUUGAGUUGCCAAAUGGGGAACAACUUGGACACAAACAAAAACCAGGCUUCUUCCUAGUUAAUAAAGCUAUGUUGUUCCUUUCA